GUGUAAACACGGCUGAACUUCUGUUGCGGGACAGAAAAAGAAAAUAAAUCCGUAUUAAUUUAAAAAAGGGAUCAUUUUAGAUCCUUUUUUAUAGGUUGCAAUUUGGAAAAAAGUUGUUUAAAUAUUAAUACAAUGAUUGUACAAUAAUACUUCGUGAAGCGGAGGUUGGCUAAGCCAUCAAAAAUAUGGUGACUGCUACACGCGUUUCAGAUCACAGUUGGUAGUGUUAAGUGCUAAAAGCAAGAAGCUGGAAUGGAAGAAAAAAAGUGAACAAUUGAAACACGUCCCCGCAAACGAACGAACAUACAAUCAGCAACCAUGCUGCAAAAAAACGCAAGAAAAAGACAACUUAACCAAAAUCUAAUAAAAUCUGCUAAUUACAAAUUAAUUAUCCUAUAAUAAAAAAAUAAGGAAAUUUAUGUGAGAGUGAGUGAGUGAGUGAGAGUGAAAACGACAUAAGAUUGUGUGGAACAGGAGGAAGAGAGGGAGCAGAGGAUACAUAGCUGAAGGAGAGAAUUAAGUAGGACGGGAAGAAACAAAACGAAGGAAAGAUAGAGUAAUAAAGAAGAAGCAUAGUGUAUUGAAAAUAAAACGAAAGAGUGGAAGCUCGAAAGCAAGAAAAAAAAACAAACAAAACAAACAAGUAAAUAAAUAGCUCCUACAUGCAUGUUAUUGGACAUAAUUCACAAAUCAAAGUUUUCCGGUAAACGUGUAAAUCUCUUCCAAGGAUAGUUUGAACAAUCAUUAAACAGAAUGUUCACUUCACCAUUACAUUACUCCACAAUGAGACCCCAGCCCCCCGGGGCUGGACAAACAUUAGACGCUAAUGCCGAAGAACUACGCAAUAUUGAAUGGUAUUGGGGUAAAAUGACACGUGAGGAAGUUAAAAACAUUUUGGCCGGAAAACCGGAUGGUAGUUUUUUAGUCCGCGAUGCCCUCUCCAAGGAGGGUGAAUACACAUUAACCCUAAUCAAGGAUGGCACAGAGAAAUUGAUAAAAAUUUGCCACCUGAAUGGCAAAUAUGGUUUUGUUGAUUGCAAAUUCAACUCCGUGGUUGAGCUGAUCAAUUAUUACAAAGUCAAUUCCCUAAAGUUGUACAAUAAGACAUUGGACAUUACGCUUAGUAAUCCCAUUAUUAGGCCCAUUGAUGACGAGGAGCUACAGCCCAAUGCCGACCUGCGCAAAUUGGCCGAUCAAUUCUUGGCCCUGCACCACCGGUUAAAUAAGCAACAGCUGAGUUUGGACCAAAAGCUGAAAAGUUUCAAAUCCAUCGAAACCGAAUUGAAUGAUAAGAAACUGCACCAGGAGGUUUUUCAGCGGGCCGAGAAAAUGUUCCAAAGUCAAAUAAAAAUAUUGGAAAAUUUCAUUAAUAACCAACCGCCGGCCGGUUUGGGCUCGAAUAUGAAUUGUUCCAAUACCUCGUCAACAAUACCAACGAACAAUACCACCCGCCAACAAGAACAAGAACAGUUGCAACAAAACGCUGCCCUUAUGAAGGCUCGCCUCAGUGAUCUCUGCAGUGAAAUGAACAAACUGAAUCGUUAUGUUGAGUCCAAAAAGGAGGAGUAUAAAGGACUAGAGCGACAAAUCAAUGCAGCCAAGCCCGAACUGCAAGCCAUUAAUUUGAGAAAAGAGAAAUUUCUAGAACGUCUCAAGGACUUUGGCAUCUCAGAGGAGGACAUCAAGCAGCUUAUCGAAAUGGGUUUUGAAGCUUGGCAACAACGUUAUGAAAUCGAAUGCAACCAACCCCAUAACGAUGAAUCUAUGUGGUUUCUUAAGGAUGUAUCACGUCAAGAAUCUGAGGAGCUCUUACGUGGUGCUCCCACAGGCACAUUUUUAAUACGUGCCCGUUCUGCCGGCCAUUUCGCUCUGUCGAUUGUGUGCAAGAAUUGUAUCAACCAUUGUAUCAUCUAUAAGACCGAUAGUGGUUUUGGAUUUGCGGCACCCUACAACAUCUAUAAUUCUCUCAAGAAAUUGGUGGAACAUUAUGCUACCAAUUCGCUGGAGGAACAUAAUGACACCUUGACCACCACUCUCAGUAUACCAGUGGUGUAUUGGCAUCAAAAUAAGGAGAUGAUAACGCAACAACUCAAAGAGCAAAUGGAGAUGGAAAGGCAGCAACAGGAAAUGGAGCAACAGUUGCAGGAACACAUGAUGUUGCCACCACCAGGUAAUGUCUCAGCACCGAUUGCGGUAACGGGAGCGGCCUCAUUAAUGCAUCUCAAUGACAUGGCGGCUAGCCAAACACCACCCAUAGCUACACCACCUCAAGCACAUUCCUAUGGCAGCAGUAGUGGUGGAGGUGGUGGUGUAGGUGGCGGCAGCGUUAUGGAUGGCGAUGCCGGCAGUUUUACAGGCAGUAACCUGUAGUCAUAGAACACAUAGCCAGCCAUAAUAUAUGAAUGAACGGCUUUGGGCGCCUUCCUUAAAAAUUCAACAAACACCACCACAGUUGGAGUAGCAGCACAUCUGUGCUAGGUAAGUAGUAGUGCAGAUGCUGAUAUUUUGGAUAUGGAUGAUUAAUUGCUUGAUAGCAGAUAUUACUUGCUGUAAAUUAUCUCAUAGCCCAGAGAGAGAGAGAGAGAGUAUGUAAUAUGAUGUAGUUGUAGAUGUGUAAAAAUUAUAUGAGUAUAUGUAAAUUAGAGAGCAAGUGGUGCUUUGUUAUACAUAUAGAGAACCUCCACUUCAGGUCUAGUGCUACAGCUGGCUGUUGAUUUUGUACAAUUUUUCUCUGUUUUGCACAUUUCGAUGAAAGUAAACAAAAAAAAACCUUAACUCUCAAUAGGGGUUUAUACAUACAACAUACAUAAAUACAUACAUAAAUUUAGUAUUAAGAUACAUGAAAAAAAAAACAACAACAAAAACAAAAAAAAAGUUAUUGUUAAGUACUACCAAGAGUGAUUUUCUAAUGUUCUAUGUCGACAAACAAAAAAAUGAUGAUAAUCUCCUGGCAAGAAUAAUAAGGGCAUAAUUGAAAUGAAAAGAAAUCUUGGCAUUAUUGCGUGAUAUAUUAAGUGACCAUGAUAAGAUGACGAUGUUUCCAUAGUAAUAUCGUAAAAAAUUUAUGAGAUAUUAACAAAGUUCCCGAGCUUCCUUCCUGUUUUGAUACCAGAACCCUCUUUCCCUCGCCCCUUCCCACUACAAGAAACUCACAUGUAUGUAUAUUCUCUAUCCCUUGAUAAAUGUUUCGUAUUUUCUUAUUGUAACCUUUAAAUUGUAAGAGAAACCACCACAAACACACACACUAUUUUUUGUAAAUUAUUUUGUUUUUAUUUUGUUCUAAAUAUUUAAAUUAUUUAAUAAUAAAAGAAAAACUUUAUUAAGACCUACAAACACAAACUUUCUAUACCGUUUUCUAGUUUUCUUUUCUACUACCUACCCCAAUAUCUUUUCUUUUUAAGUAAAAGUAAACUUAAGUAGCUUUGAAAUGUGACAUAAGGUUUGUGAAAAAUAACUGUUUAACAACAAAUUUUCAAAAGUAAAGCAAUGCUCAAAGUCAAAUUGAGUAGAGUAUCAUAGAGAGAGAGAGAGAGAGUAAAAAUAGUUUUAAAUCUCUUUGUCUCUAAAUACAAGCAUACAGUAGGUAUGUAAUGAAGCCACCAACAGUUGAGUAUUGUUUGAACAAAGCAAUGCUUUAAAUGAGAGUGAGAGAGAAAGAGAGAGAGGGUAAGAAUAUUUUAACUCUCUUUAUCUCUACAUACAAGAAGAGUAUUGUUUACAAAGUUACAUUUGGUGACCUAAGUAAAGCAAUGCUUUUAUUCAAAGUUGGUAAACAAUAAGAGUAAGAGAGAGAGAGAGAGAGAGAUAGUUAGAACGAUAUAAAGCCCGUUUACACUGCUCAUUAAAUCCGGAUUUAAGGCUCUUGUCAACUGAUUUUAUAAAGGGAAAACUGACGAUCGAGCCAUUAAAUCCGGAUUUAAAGAGCAAUGUAAACGGAAUUUUACUCUUUUUGCCACUAAUGCAAGACAAGCAUUCAGCGCAAAUUUGUAGAAAAAACUUUCCAACAACAGCUGAGUAUAAUUUACAAAGUUUGAUUGCUAACAGCAACUUUAGGUUAGGAUUUAGUGAUAAUUUGCGAUCAGACUCAUUUAGACAUUUAAGUUCACCAGUAAAAUGAAGAUUUCUUCGAGUUGUUAAUGUUUAAUGAGCCAGAUCGCUUCAGAAAAUCGCUUUCUGCCAGUGCAGGAUGGGAAAAAAGCAGAUCUUCUAUUAUUCUCCAGAGAUUUAUUGGCUGCCUGGUUGUCUAAGAAAAUACUUUUACCAUUAUAUCUCAGCCAUUUUAAUUCCUUUUUUAUACCCACCACCGAAGGAUGGGGGAAUAUUCAUUUUGUCAUUCCGUUUGCAAUACAACGAAAUAUCCAUAUCCGACCCCAUAAGUAUAUAUAUUUUCUUGAUCGUCGUAAAAAUCCAAGACUAUCUAGCCAUGUCCAUUCGUCUGUCUGUUGAAAUCACGCCACAGUCUUUAAAAAUAGAGAUACUAAAUUUCCCAUGAGCAUUCCAUCAAGGAACGGGGAAUACUUCUCUCAUAUCAAUGAGUGCAGUGCGAUUAAAGUUUUAAACUCAAUGAUAGGGGGCAUCCUUUCUUAUGCCGAGUCCAAACGGCGUGCCGCAUAGCGAUACCAUUUGGUAGAGAAGUUUUAACAUAGCGGGAUACCUCACAAAUGUAGCCAACAUUAGUAAGGGGAUAACCAUCGCCAAAAAUUUUGCGAUGUUCACGCCGGGAUUUGAAUCCAGGCGUUCGGCGUCGUAUGCGGACAUGCUAACCUCUGCGCCAUGGUGGCCUCCGGACAAGUGCCUAUGUUUUCUAAAAGUGACAUUCCUUGGUAGCUCCCACAAUCGGAUCCUCUUGAUGGCGGUCUUGAUGCAGAGACUGUGCUUGAUCCAGAGACUCUUUUUUUUUUAGAAUAUACAACCCGAUGAUUGCCUAUCUAAAGGAUGGUGGUUUCGAAGACAGCUGCAAUAGCUGCCCAGGAAAUACUGCUUCGACUAGUUAAAAUUGUAAGAUUGAGACAAAGAUUGUCUCACAGAUAGUAUGUUUGUCUCCUGAUGUAGGUGUUUAACAUGAGAACUGUGGAGACAGCCCUUCGCAUUUGGUAGAGCAGCAUUCUGGGAGGUCUGAAUCUUAUUCCACUACAUGUGGCUUAACAGUCCAAUUUACACUGGCGCUUUAUAGGCUACCACAGACCAGAGAACUGCAUGAGAUUCAAAAUUUGGCACUCAAUAGCCACUCUGGCCAAAGCAAUUGUAUGUUACGCAUGCCACCUAAAAAAAGAGGGAUAGAAACGCACGCUUAUAUACAAUAGAGUGAGAGAUGAUAAGUCUGACUUAUCUUAUGACGAUGGCGGCCUUGGGGUUCUGCAUGCAGGUUGAAAAAUUUGUUAAAGAUUUGUUUAACCUAAUUUAAAGCAAAAAAAAGGCUAUACUAACCAAGAGGCAAUUUCUAAGUUAUGUGGCGGUAUACUUUUUUGAGGGUUUUGUACUCUUUUGCUCCAUUUUAAUACCUAUUAGUUUUUAAUGGUAUAAAAUCUCGUAUUUGUCCGAGAAUGUUAUCUGUAACCCAUAAUCAUGCAACAUUUCACCAUUCUACACAGCAAAGAUAUUGGAGGCCACCGUAUCGCAGAGGUUAGCAUGUCCGCCUGGAUUCAUAUCCUGGCAAGAACAUCAGAAAAAAUUUUCAGCGGUGGUUAUUCCCUCAUAGCUCUGGCGAUAUUUGUGAGGAUCUAUGCCAUGAAGAAAAAUGGUAUAAGGGUUCCCCCAAACACUUGGCCCCAAAAUUUUUCCUCCCAAAUACCUUUAUUGGAGCCCCAUAAUGCGAUGGUCAGUAAAUAAUUUCUGUUUGUGGGGUGUUUUGCGGAAGGGGUAGAAGAUCCCGAAAGUGGUUAUCAAUUUCGUGCUCUACUACAAUACCCCUCAUUUUAGGCCAACAUUGACAUGGCCGGUAAAUAUGCCCGAUUUACGGGUGUUUUGGGGAAAGUGGGGUUGUCCCCCAGCAUCUUGCUCUAUUCUCAAAUAUCAUUUAUUUGAACCCCAUAUUGUCAUUGGCCUCAAAAUUGGAUAUCAAAUUCAUUUUCUAAUCUCAAAUACUUUUCAUUAAACCUCAGAUUCAUACUUUACUCCCAAAAGCCACAUUUAAGCUGCAUAUUACUAUAGUCGGUAUAUAUGUGUGGUUUAUGGGGAGUAUAUGAGGUGAGGAGUCCCUGAAACACUUGGCCGUAAAACAGAUAUCAGUUUUAAGCCCCUUUUUGCCAUACUCCACAAACAUGUCUAGUUUGAGGGGUAUGUAGGGUAGGGAGGUCAUCCACGCACUUAGCCCUGAAAAAUAUCAGCAAUUGUCAUUGGUUUAGGGGAAGUUUAUGGGGUGAGACGACCGCCCAAACACUUAGCCUCAAAAUUGGAUAUCGUUUUGUACUGUCCAACACCUAUUAUUUAUUGCCAUAGUAGUGCCGCAAACAUGGGCGGCUUGAAGGGAGUUUAGGGGAUGGAUUUUGAAAUAAUAUUAGCAUCUCGUUUGAGCCCUUUAAUGUUCAGCAUUUAGAUGGUGGCUAUUAGACCCUCAGACACGAAGGAAUAAAUUUUUACAUCAUAUUUCUACUCUACUCUUAAAUACCUUUCAUUUGAAACCCAUAUUGCCCAAAGCGAUAUGUGUCCUGUUGGGUGGUGUUUUUGGGGGUGGGGGACCCCCCGACACUUAGUGUGACAUUUUUAUGCCAAGUUCGUACUCUACUAGUAAAUACCUUUCAUUUGAUACCCAUAUUGUCCCAAUCGGUAAACAUGUCCGUUUGGUUGGUUUUUGGGAUGGGGCGUCCCCCCAGGUUAUUUGACCUCAAAUUUGUUUUACCAAUUUUGAGUUUUUGAGGUAUUAUAAGGUGGCAUCCAAAAUUUCGCUUAAAUCGGUGCACCCAUCUUCCAGAUCCGGCGUUUUUGAAAAUGGGAGAGGGUCCGCCCCCCUUCAUAUAUCAAAAAUGUAGUACCCUAUUUUCACCGGAGGCUCAAACUCUACCAUCUGUGAACAUUUCAUGAACAUCGGCUUCGCCGUAUUUGAGUCUUUACGAAACAGACAAACUGACAAAUAAACAAACAGCCAGCGACCAACAUUUUGGCGGUUUGUUAAUUGAGAGCUUGCAAAUUUCUGGAGGUUUUUCCCCAGUAGAACUUUGCAGCAGCUGUUUUAUAGAAACCAGCUGUUUAGUUCAAAUAAAUAGCAAAAGAAACUAAAAGCUGUUCUUAUUCUCCUGCAAAUUUUUACUGGAAAAGUAGGCGAACAGAACUUUUGUCACCCGAAUCGUUUGCCAAUUGAUUGAAAUCAGCUGAUUUUAAUUAGUUGGCGAACGAAUCGAUUUACAAGAUUUUAGUGUUUUUUUACGGUAAAAAAAAAAAAUAAUACAAUUUUUUUUUUUUUUAUUUUUCAACAUAAAAUUAAAUUUGUUUUAUUUUGCCUAAAUUGUUGUUAUUUUAUGUAAUAUCAUUUUUGUGUAUAUCACAAACCUUAUGUCUUCAAAGCCGACAGACACUUUUACACACCCUGUCCCUGUUUUACAUAUUUUCCCUUUAACAACUAACACCUGCCAAUUUGUAAAUAUUUGUUAUAAUUUAAAAAAAAAAAAAAAAAACAAAAACUAGAUACGAAAAUAAACAAAAGAAACCCCACUGAACCAUAUUGCAAUAUAACAAAAAAAUAUUUCAUACAAUAUUUAUCCUAUUAUAUAACCAAAUGCCGAAAGAAAAAAGCAAAAAAAAAAAAAACGAAAACAUAAAAUGUCAUUAAUUUUUCCAAUGAUAAGAAAAAUAUAUUUUUUUUCGAUUAGCUUUUAGUGUUUAAAUUAAAAAAAAAAUUGUAUAUUAAGAUAUUUUUUAUGUAAAAAUAUAAAUAAGCAUAUAUUAAGAAGAGAACAAAUUAUGUUUUUAUAAAUGUUUUUAUAUUAAAAAAAAAGAAAAACAAAAAAAUUUCAAAAAAAGUUUACAUUUAAUUUGAAAUUAGUUACCGAAAUACUUGAAACAACUAACGAACGAUGAUGCGAUAAUAUUUCAUAAAAGUUAUAAAAACUAAAAAUAAUAAAUCGUAUGCAAUAACAUUUGAACCAAUUUUUUAUAAAACAAAAUUAACAAUGCUAACCCAUAUUAUGUAAACAACUGAAGAAGAAUUCAAUUUGUAUUUUGUAAAAAUAUGAAAAAAAAAAACGAAAAACACAACAAAACUCUUACCUAUAACACCAAGUGUGCAGUAUGGAAGUUGCAAAUGGAAUUUGUCAGAAAAAAAAACGAGUCAAGUUAUUCCGUUAUCAUUUUAAAGCAUUUUAAAUAAGUUUUAGUUUAUUUGAUUUUAUAGGUUAAAUACCCCAAAGGAAAAGAACCAUCGAGCAAAAGACCAGGAAAAUGAUAUUAGAAAGGGGGAGACUCUCUUUUUUAUGGUUGGAGGAAAAAUAUGCCAGUUUUAAAACAAUCAGCACAAUUUAACGUCAUUGUGAAUUAAUAUUCAUUCACAAUAGCACUGAUGACUUUGAGUAAACCACCCUCGAAAACGAUCUACCAAUGAAGUGUUUUUAGUGCUGACUGUCUGACAAAACUUUGCAUAUUCUUUCCUUACAGACAGUCGGCAAACAUACAUCGCACCAAAGGGAAACACGUCUCAGGAAUGGUUGAAGUCAACUCAUCAGUGCCAUUAUGAGGGAAUAUUUAUUAAAAUGGCAAUGAUGAUUGGGCUUAAAUGACUCAUGAAGAGCGCCUGCAAAUAGUGCCAUGUUCUAGCUGGCUGUUAAAACUGGAAAUUUCGUAAACUUAAUUUGGUCUUGAUGACUGACAUUGGUGCUAUUGUGAAUUAAAAAGUCCGUUCUCAUACUUUUCCACUAAAAAUUUGCCAGCAAAAAUUUGCAUAGAGUAAAAACUACAUUUAAUCUCUUUCGUUAUUUAUUUGAAUAAAGCAGCUGAAGCCGAAUUAUCACAUAUAUGAUGGAGGG